CUCCUGGCGUAACAUACACAAAAUUGGGAUUUUGGUUCGAAUUGCAUUCCACCGAGUCCCUCUGGUCAGUGAACGGGACACGUAACAGCCAAACUGAACUCAAUCCGUACUUUCCAUGUCGGGCCGGCGGCGUCGCGAGCGGCGUUGCUCCGCUCGGUGAACUCCUCUUCAUCCCCUCCUCUCCUCUUGGCUUUCGAAUCGCGACUCCGCCUCUCUUUGGCUUCGCCCGGCUAUUUCGAUUUUCCCCUCUUUUUCCAUAACUGGCCAUAUAAAUUCCAAAACCCUAGACAGAGAGAGAGAGAGAGAGAGAGAGAGAGAGAUCUCACUCACAAUGGCGAGCAGCUGGAGGAGAACGGUGGGGAACGUGAGGUCGUUCGUGAGCAACGCGACGGGCGGUCUCAGGGGCGGUGCCAACCUCGCCUCCUGGGUCGUCGCCGGAACCCUGGCCUACGUCCUCUGGGUCAAGCCAUCUCGCGACCUCAAGCGCGAGCAAGAGGAGAGGGCGGCCAUUGCGGGUUCGGACCCUUACAAGUUCGUCGAUCGCACCCGGCCGAUAGGUGACCCACAGCAAAAUGGUUUGAUUUACGGCAGCAAGAACAGAACUGAAAAGCCGAAGGAAUAGCUGGAUAUACAAUGUAUGUGGAGGGUGCUCUCCUUUGCCCUUUGUCUCUAUUUUGAAGAUCCCUAUCGGCACCCAGAUCCCAGGAUGACGAAUAAGGAAUGAAUAAAAACUUACCAUCAAAUAAUAAUGUACAUGACUUCGGAAGAAUUUUGCAGGGCGAGUGAUGGUUAUAUACAUAUACAGUGUUUUACCAUAUAUUCUUAGAAAGACUCUCUCUCUCGGGAUUUUUUAAAUAUUUUUUUUAUUCUUGUA